GCGCUGUAAGGCUGUUCUUGGCAGGGGUGGUGUGUGGCAGCGGGGCGAUCAUGGAUGAACAGGAAAAACUUCUGGAUGAAGCCAUUCAGGCUGUGAAGGUGCAGUCUUUCCAGAUGAAGAGAUGCUUGGACAAAAACAAGCUCAUGGAUGCUCUGAAACAUGCUUCCAACAUGCUUGGUGAGCUGCGGACUUCUAUGUUAUCUCCAAAGAGCUAUUAUGAGCUCUACAUGGCAAUUUCUGAUGAGCUGCACUACUUGGAAGUCUACCUGACAGAUGAAUUUGCCAAAGGAAGGAAAGUGGCAGACCUUUAUGAGCUAGUACAGUAUGCUGGAAAUAUUAUUCCAAGACUGUAUCUCCUGAUAACAGUAGGUGUGGUCUAUGUCAAGUCAUUUCCACAGUCCAGGAAAGAUAUUUUGAAAGACCUGGUGGAGAUGUGCCGUGGAGUACAGCAUCCUCUUAGAGGCCUCUUUCUUAGGAACUAUCUCUUGCAGUGUACCAGGAAUAUCUUACCAGAUGAAGGCGAGCAAGCAGAUGAAGAAACCACUGGAGACAUCAGUGAUUCAAUGGAUUUUGUGCUGCUGAACUUUGCUGAGAUGAACAAACUUUGGGUGCGAAUGCAACACCAGGGCCAUAGUCGGGACAGAGAGAAAAGGGAGCGAGAAAGGCAGGAACUGAGAAUCCUAGUGGGAACAAACCUGGUUCGCCUCAGUCAGUUAGAAGGUGUUAAUGUGGAGCGAUACAAGCAGAUUGUUCUGUCUGGAAUAUUGGAGCAAGUUGUAAACUGUAGAGAUGCUUUAGCUCAAGAGUACCUCAUGGAGUGCAUCAUACAGGUUUUCCCAGAUGAAUUUCACCUCCAAACCCUGAACCCAUUUCUCGGAGCCUGUGCUGAGCUGCACCAAAAUGUGAAUGUGAAAAAUAUAAUUAUUGCUUUAAUUGACAGGUUAGCUUUAUUUGCACAUCGUGAAGAUGGACCAGGUAUCCCAGCAAAUAUCAAACUGUUUGACAUAUUUUCGCAGCAGGUGGCUACUGUUAUACAGUCUCGCCAGGACAUGCCCUCAGAGGAUGUGGUAUCUUUGCAAGUUUCUCUCAUUAAUUUGGCUAUGAAAUGCUACCCGGACCGUGUUGACUACAUUGAUAAGGUGUUAGAGACAACUGUGGAAAUAUUCAGUAAUCUUAACCUAGAACAUAUUGCAACAAGCACUGCUGUUUCAAAGGAACUGACUAGACUUUUGAAGAUCCCUGUUAAUACUUACAACAAUAUCCUGACAGUUCUGAAACUAAAACAUUUUCACCCACUCUUUGAAUACUUUGAUUAUGAGUCCAGGAAGAGCAUGAGUUGUUACGUGCUUAGCAAUGUACUGGAUUAUAACACACAAAUUGUGUCCCAAGAACAGGUUGAUGCUAUCAUGAAUCUGAUAUCCACACUGAUCCAGGAUCAACCGGAUCAGCCUGCUGAAGAUCCUGACCCUGAGGACUUUGCUGAUGAGCAGAGUCUUGUGGGAAGAUUUAUUCAUCUUCUACAUUCAGAUGACCUUGACCAACAGUAUCUGAUCCUAAACACUGCCCGGAAACACUUUGGUGCAGGUGGAAACCAACGUAUUCAUUUUACACUGCCACCAUUGGUUUUUGCUGCAUACCAGCUUGCUUUUCGCUACAAGGAGAACUCCGAAGUGGAUGAUAAAUGGGAAAAGAAAUGCCAGAAGAUCUUCUCGUUUGCUCAUCAGACCAUCAGUGCUCUGAUCAAAGCAGAACUGGCAGAGCUGCCUCUCCGUCUCUUCCUACAAGGAGCACUGGCUGCAGGAGAGAUUGGCUUUGAAAAUCAUGAAACUGUGGCCUAUGAAUUCAUGUCCCAGGCCUUCUCUCUAUAUGAAGAUGAAAUUAGUGAUUCAAAAGCUCAGCUGGCUGCAAUCACCUUGAUAAUUGGGGUAUUUGAGAGGAUGAAGUGCUUCAGUGAGGAGAACAAUGAGCCUUUGAGGACUCAGUGCGCAUUGGCAGCCUCUAAGCUCCUUAAGAAGCCAGACCAGUGCAGGGCUGUGAGCACUUGUGCCCAUCUGUUUUGGUCUGGCCGAAAUACUGACAAGAAUGGAGAGGAGCUUCAUGGAGGAAAAAGAGUGAUGGAAUGCUUAAAGAAGGCUCUGAAGAUAGCAAAUCAGUGCAUGGACCCCUCUCUGCAAGUCCAACUUUUCAUAGAAAUUCUGAAUAGAUAUAUCUACUUUUAUGAAAAGGAAAAUGAGGCAGUGACAAUUCAAGUUUUGAAUCAGCUGUUACAGAAGAUAAGAGAAGAUCUCCUAAACCUUGAGUCUACUGAGGAAACAGAACAAAUUAACAAACACUUUCUCAACACACUGGAGCACUUGCGUUUGAGGAGGGAAUCAUCAGAAUCCGAGGGGCCAAUUUAUGAAGGUCUUAUUCUUUAGGAGAAUACACACUGUACUUAUUUCUUUUUAUUUACAUACCACAUGUUGGGUUGAUUGGUGUCGGGUUGGGUUGUGGGGUUUUUUGUUUCUUUGUUUGCUUGCUUGCUUUUGUGGUUUUUUUGUUAGAUUCAUAGAUUGUGCCUUUCAGAAAUGUCAAGUUAACAUUCAUGUGUUCAAUCUGGCACUUCAAACACUUGUGUUGAGUACUUUAACGAACUUGAAAGGUUGGAUCAGCAACUGCAGGUUUCAUUAGUUAGCAUGGCUGAAACUUUGAAAUCCAUGUAAUAUGGUAGGGCUCUUCAGGUUCUGAUUUCUCUUCUGUCUGUUCAUUGUUGCUUCUGUAGCACUAGAGUUCUAAAUCGGCAGUGACUGUCAUCUGAAACUGUGUCUGAUCCUUGUGGAGCAUCAGUUUUUUGGGAUUAUUGUAAGAUUCUGCUUGUGCUUUUCCUUUAAUGAAAGUUAAGACUAAGUAAUAUUUUUCCCUAAAAGCUAGAAUAUGUUAAUGCAUGUUUGGAGAAUUUUAAAGUACCAUGUUCAAAACCAGAAUUUAUAUUUUGCAUAUUAAGGCUCUGUGACAUUUGGUGAGGGCCAGUACUGUGCACAGGGCAUAUUUAUCAAGAUAACUUUGUUCUAAAUAGUAUAAAAAUAGAGAACUUGUAAUCUAUAGAUAUGUAUAACCUUCACUACUGUAAAUUUAGGGGAAAAUGCAUUACACAAUUUUAUUCAGUAUCAUGAUUUUCCAUCAGUGAAACAAUAAAGUUGAUAUUAACACA